AGGGUUCUUACUUGUGGCGGCAAAAGAGAGAAUGGGGAGGCCGCGGCGCGAGGUGAGAACAGCGAUUGUGGAGCGGGAGAGUAGCAGCAGCGAUGAGAGCUCCGACGAGGAUGUAGACGAUCUUGCGGCGGAGGAGGAGGAGGAGAAAGAUGAAGAAGAAGAGAUUGGGGAAGAGGAGGAGGAGGAAACCAAGGAGCAUUCGGCUGUGGAGGGAAAGAAGGGUAGAAAGAAGAUUACAAUCAGUUUGAAAGCAGCAAAGCUUUGCAAGGUUUGCAAAGGGAAAGAUCAUCAAGCUGGCUUUGUUGGGUCAGUUUACUUGGAUUGUCCAAACAGGCCGUGCUAUCUCUGCAAACGACCUGGUAAGUUCCAAUUCUUUUUUUUUUCUUCUUUCUCGGAGAGCUUAAACACUUUUUUUUUUCUCCUAGGCCAUACUACCGCAACUUGUCCCCAUCGUUUGGCCAGUGAGCACGGUGUCACCCCCGGAAUUCGCAAGACUUCUGUAGGAGUGGCGGAUUUUAUCUAUGAGCGUCAGCUGGGAAGGCACAGAUCCAUGGUAAGGCCCAGGCUUCCAAUUCCCAAUAAAGUCGAAUGCGGCAUCCUCAAGCUACAUAGUCGUCGAGUAACCUGUCUCGAGUUUCAUCCAACCAACGAUAAGCUUGUCAUAUCCGGAGACAAGAAAGGCCAAGUUGGGAUUUGGGACUACCGCAAAGUCUACGACAAAACGGUCUACGAAACAGUACACAGCUGCAUUGUCAACAGCAUGAAGUUUAUUCCAAACUCGGAUGAAACCAUCUGUUCUUCGGGCUCUGAUGGGCACCUGUGCCUCACAGACUUGGAAACCGGUUUGACACAAAGCUUGAUAAACCUCAAUCCGGGGGGAUGGCAAGGACCUUCAACCUUCAAAAUGAUUUAUGGAAUGGAUUUAAAUCUCACCAGAAACUUGGCUUUGGCAGCCGACAAUUUUGGAUACUUGUACAGACUAGACUUAAGAACUAAGAAGACUCAUGACAAGCCUCUGUUGAUCCAUAAGAAAGGCACAAAAGUCGUGGGACUCCACACUAAUCCAAUCGACCAAGACAUAUUUAUCACAUCUGGCAACGAUCACAUGGCUCGAAUUUGGGACUUGAGAAUGCUUGACAGUCGCAAUCAUCUCGCGGAGCUCUCUCAUCCAAGAGUCGUGAGCUCCGCCUACUUCUCGCCUAGAACAGGAAACAAGAUCAUGACCACUUGCCAAGACAACAGGAUUCGCAUUUGGGACUGUAUUUUCUCCAACUUGGGAACUCCAAGCAGGGAGAUUGUUCACAGCCACGACUUCAACAGAUAUCUCACUUGUUUCCGAGCAGAAUGGGAUCCAAAGGAUCCCACGGAAUGCCUGGCUGUGAUCGGUCGAUACAUCAGCGACGACUUCAAUGGCGUUGCGUUGCAUCCGAUCGAUUUCAUCGACGUGAGCACUGGACAGAUAGUUUCCAAGGCCAUUGAUCGGAGCAUCACGACGAUAAGUCCCGUAAACAAGCUCCAUCCUCGCCUUGAUAUCCUGGCCUCUGGAAGCUCACGGUCGAUCUUCAUCUGGUCGCCCGAGGACGACGACGACGAGCAGCCCGAGGUUAAGAUAGCGGUUCCGCCGAGGAUCUACACAUUUCUGGGGAAUGGGAGCUUGAAGAGAAAAGGCGAUGGCGAUAAUGGAGAUUGUGAUGAUGAAGACGAGCUAGACGAGUGUGCCGGAGCCAAAAAAAAGAACGAAAGGAAGCAAAAAUCCAAGAAGAAAAUGUGAUAGAGUGAGGUGGUGGAAAGGUUUGUAAAAGUUAUACAUAUCAUUAGCCUGAAUCAUGUAAUAAUCCAAAAGAUUAGUCAGCUUGACCCUGGAUUAUAAUUAAAGAUGAUAUUGCUUGCAA